GUUGACUCAGGCUCGUGGUCUGCAUCACGGCUAAAACUUCCACAUUCAAACAUCAGCAUGAUGCUCCAAAGCAGGCGGGAAUGCGAGAGGCAUAAGCUGUAACACCUCGAGCAGGUAGGUAUUUGCUCGCGUCCCUUAUUGCUUGCGGCCUCGCAGGUCCGACGGACGCCACCCAGAAUCCCCCCACAACAAUAUUCGCCAACAGCAGCGCCAACAACACCAUCCGCAGUAUCAUCAUCCCCCCCUCCCCGCCCCCUUCUCCAUCGUACCCCUCUCCCAUAGCCCCCCUCGGCUGAUGUGGCAGGCCCUGACUAGCCUGGGUAAACAGACACCUCUCUCGGGCAUCGCUGCCCGCCGGUAAGUGGCCCGAGAUAACGACGCUCCCGCAGCGACCUCGUGGCCGCAUAGGCGAUCGGGCCAAUCAGCCACGACGGCAGCCUACCUGUCUACAGCACCGUCGCAGCGUCGAGAGGCACGUUCCAUUCGCUGCCCGGCCACAUGACCGGUCCUCCACGCACCGAGAUAUAAGAAAAGCAACGCCCCUCCCCGCCACGAGCUCCCGCCUCUCGCCGCCUGCUGCCUACCGCGUAGUAACCACCGCCGGUAUUCUGCAUGAAGAUGGGAAACAUAUUCGGCGCUCCGAGCCAAGAGCCACCCCGACCAGAAACACCCCCAAAUAUAUUCCAGUACCAGUAUAUACCCCGACACUUCGUAGAACGAGACUACUCGCCCCCCCGGGCCAGGCCGCGAGAAAACGACCGACAGCCCAGGACCCGGCCACCCUGUUUAUAUUUUGCUCGUGGCACCUGCGCGCGGGGAGACGCCUGUCGGUUCUCUCACGACCGGACUGCGACCCCCGCAGCCCCCCCUGCGCCGCCAAGGCAUCGGGGAGUAUGCCGGUUCUUUGCGAAUGGGCACUGCAAGAAGGGAGAUGCCUGCCUGUUUUUGCAUUCUAAGGACGGCCUGGCGGGAGAGGGAGGUGGGCAGAGAGGAAUGUUUGGGGAUGAUCUGUCCAGUGACAAUUCCAUCUUUGAGAUCGGAGGGGCCUGGGUGACAUUUGACAACGGGGCCACAAUCUCCAAGGUAUCCCUCCCUUCUGACUUCUCCGCCCUCCGUAUCAGCAACCUUCCCCAAGCCAGCACGCUACGGUGGGUGAUAGACUUGCUAUCUGAUGUGGGGGUAUCGGUAUCUCCCACGAACGUUAGAAUCACGGGCCAGGACGCCAAGAGCGCCAUCAUCAGAGUCGAAGAUCCCACGCUUGCUAAGACCAUCUGCAACAAGCUGCGCACCUGCAUCGCCUUUGCCGACAUCGAGGCCAAUCCCAUACCCGUGCCCAUGCCGCCGGGCUCGAGCCUCCACCAAGUCGACUGUAGGAGGGUGCGCUGUUCCUGGCACCGCCCAUCUCGCACCGCACAGCUCUACUUCGAAACCGACAAGAUAGCCUAUCGAGUGCAGAGGAAAUUCAAUUGUGGCGAAUACAAAAUAUCCGAUUGCAGGCUCACGGCCAGCACGCCAACUAGGCAGGGCAGCCUAGAAAAUCCGCAGUCCUGGGAGGUGAGGCUGACUGGCUUGCCUGGCACGGCAGAGGAGUCGGAUCUCCUCGGCGUCAUCUCUGUGCCCGACCGGCCUAUGCUGGUUGACAUGGGCGACCCAACCUACGUCUCUGACGCAGAAAUAGAAUCCGUCAUCGUCAAGUCGAUGCUGCUCGAGUUCGGGCCCUUGGAGUGGUGGGAUGUGUCUGAUAAUGCGAAGGGCAAACGCGUCAAAGCUCAGGGGAGUUUCGUCGAGGAGCCCCACGCGCGAGAUGCCGUAUCCUCUCUAAACAAUACGCCGCUGUCGUUCUGCGAGUCCGUAAGGCUCACACUGAGGCUGGUAACCUCGGCCAAAUUCAAAGUGUCGACGCGAGUUUAUAAUGCUAUCAGUGGUCUGCUCAAUACGCAGAAGGCAGCUUGGGAAACCCAGCAUUUACACUUCAUCGCAUACCCUCCUCGAGGCGCGUAUCGUAACCUGAAAUUGGAAGGCGAGAACCACCGGAGAGUGGCGGAAGCCAAAGAAGCCCUGGAACGCAUAAUCAGCGGCGAGGUUAUGAGGAUAGACGGGAAAGAUCUCUGGUACGCCAACCUGGCCAGCGGUGGAGGAGAAUCGAACAGGAUUAAGAAGAUAGAGAAGGAUUUCGACGUCGUCAUCACCCGCGAUAUGUGCAAGUCGCAGUUCCGAUUCUUCGGCCCCCCGGAGAGCUACGAACCGGCCGCCCAAGCGCUCCAGGCACUCAUCCACGAGCUCGAUGCCAAUUUGCACAUAAUCUACCUCAGUGCAGACGAGUCCGAGUGGGUAUCCCGAGGCGGGCUCGGGACGCUCCGGCACCGACUCAACGGCGUCCCGUGCUGGGUCCUUCCGUCGUCUCGCAGGCGCUUAUUCGUCCGUGGAUCCCCGGACGACCGCGCCAGGGCCCAAGACAUCGUCUAUAACAGAGAGGUAGAGCCCGCGUUUACCAGCUCGUCCGAGCCGCAGUGUGCGAUAUGUUGGUGCGAGGCCGAGGAGCCCGUUCGCACCUCUUGUGGCCACUUCUACUGCGGCGCCUGCUUCGUCGACACGUGCCUGUCGGGGCCGCUGGACUCGCAGGAUUUCUGCAUCUCGUGCAAGGGAGACGAGGACAGGUGCAAGAACGCGUUCGCGCUGUCGGAGCUCCAGGAGCACCUGCCGUCGCAGGUGUUCGAGCAGAUGCUCGAGGCGUCCUUCGCGUCGUACGUCCGGCGGCACCCGGCCGACUUCCGGUACUGCCCGACGCCGGACUGCAGCCAGAUCUACCGGAUCGCGGCGGGGGGCCGCGAGACGCCGGCGACGUUCACGUGCACGAGGUGCCUGGCGGCGGUCUGCCCGGCGUGCCACUGCGCGCACCCGGGGAGGACGUGCGCGGAGCACCGGGGCGACGCGACCGGCGGCUACGAGGCGCUGCACCGCAUCAAGGCCGAGCUCGGCAUCCAGGACUGCCCGCGCUGCGCGACGUCCAUCGAGAAGACCGAGGGCUGCAACCACAUGACCUGCCGCGGCUGCGGCAUCCACAUCUGCUGGAUCUGCCUCGCCACCUUCCCCGUCGACAAGGACUGCUACUCCCACAUGAACAAGAUGCACGGCAACAUACACGACAACCCCGUCCGCCGCAUCUGAGUUGCGGCUCCCGCCGCCGGAGAGGCUGGCUAGCUAGCUAGCCGGCCGCGGGCACCCCGGUAAGGUUCCGGUCCCCCACUUCGCGUUAUCCAGGCGCGCGUAAAGAAUUGUAAUAAUAAGUAAAAAAAAAGAAAAAUCUAUCUCAAAGUCGAGGAUCUUUUGGACAAUUUGCGGGAGAUCUGUGGCUAUCUAUGCCGGGCGGCGGACUGAAUGCCCCCCUCCCCCCCCCCUUUUGGAGAGAUUCUCGGAACAGGUCUAGGUGGGUACUGUCAGGUAUUAAACACGGCCGAAUUUGAACUGGAGGGAAAGAAGGAAAGAAAAAGGGGGGAAAGAACCACCACUCCUCUCUGCGCCAUGUACUAUACAUCGCUGUGUAAUAUUAGGCAAGUGAGUGUACGCGGUGUGCUGGCGUGCCCCGUGUGCUCCGACGUCCUGAUAAGCCGCCUCUGUUCUUGCUGCGGUGGCGGGGUGAAGUGGGAAAGGAACCCGCGCAAGUCGACGGGUCUAAUAGGUACUGCUUGUACGAAACGUGGAAGCGAGGGUGUGCGCUUGUGCUUAAUAUGUGCACGUGGAGCGGCACCAGGGUCGAUUGAAGACUUGAGGUUGAAGAAGAAGAGUCUAUCGAGUUUAUUAAAAUACACUACUA